CUCUCUCUCUCUCUCUCUCUCUCUCUACUCCUACUCCAUCAUAGCCAGACAGCAGGAUGGUCCAGUACAAGUUCUCCCUCGAAACAGACGAAGUCGUGCCGCAGGGACACGGCAAGAUCAGGCGCUCCAUUCACGCCGCAGACCAGCUUCUGACGCAGCCACACCCUGAUAUCCACACCAUCUACGAUAUCAUCCAAUUCGCAGCAAAGUCAUUCGGCAAGAAGAACGCAAUUGGCUGGCGCACACUCAUCAAGGAGCAUGUUGAGGAAAAGACAAUCACCAAGAAGGUGGGAGGUGAAGACAAGAAAGUACAGAAGAAAUGGACGUACUUUGAGUACUCAGACUACAAGUACCUCACCUUUGUGGAGCUCGAGGAGCAGGCGCGACAACUCGGUAGUGGAUUACGACACAUUGGCUUGAAAGCAGGCGACAAGCUCGAAAUCUUUGCAGGCACAAGCGCCUUCUGGAUGCUCAUGGCGCAAGGCGCCAACACGCAGUCCAUGCCAAUUGUCACUGCCUAUGAUACGCUCGGGGAGGAGGGUCUCCACCACUCGCUUAUGGAGACUGAGGCCAAGGCAAUCUUUACAGAUGCACCACUGCUGAAUCAACUACUUAAAGCGUGCAAAGACACCAGCAUUCGUCACAUUAUCUACCGCGGCACGCCUGCUGAGGGCAUUAUUGACAAACUUAAGAAGGCAUUCGACGUCAACGUCUUGUCCUUCGAAGAGCUACUCGAACAAGGUAAAGCCAACAUGGUAGACGUGGUUCCUCCAAAGGCGGAUGACUUGCUAUGCGUCAUGUAUACCUCAGGCUCAACUGGUGUGCCCAAAGGUGUGCUUCUCACCCACCGCAAUGUCAUUGCAGCCAUUGCCGGUGUUGACAAGGCCAUGAAUCGCUACAUCAACAAGGAAGAUUUCCUUAUUGCCUUCCUUCCCCUUGCCCACAUCUUUGAGUUUGUCUUUGAAAAUAUCACGUUGUACUGGGGUGGUACUCUGGGCUAUGCAACAGUCAAGACACUGACAGACACCAACAUGCGCAACUGCAAGGGCGAUUUGGGUCUCUUCAGGCCAACCAUUAUGGUGGGCGUUCCUGCAGUGUGGGAAAUGGUGCGAAAGGGUAUUGUUGCAAAAGUCGCUGAUGCACCUUUCAUUGCACAAAAGUUGUUCUGGGCAGGUAUUUCCGCAAAAGGCUUCCUGAGUGCUCUUCACCUACCGGGUUCUGGUAUCCUUGAUGCUGUCAUUUUCAAGAAGAUCAAAGCAGCGACCGGUGGUCGUCUACGAUACUGCUUGAAUGGUGGUGCACCCCUCUCAAAGGAAACACAAAUCUUCCUCAGCAAAAUCUUGUGUCCUAUCCUUGCUGGGUAUGGACUCACGGAGACUUGUGCUACAUCGACCAUUUUGCCGCCAGAGGGUUGGACACCUGGUGUUGCUGGUGCGCCACUUGCUUGUCUUGAAUGCAAGUUGGUGGAUGUCCCUGAUGCAGGCUACCUCACCUCACACAAACCACCACAGGGAGAAGUUUGGCUGCGUGGAGAUUCCAUCACUGCUGGCUACCUUAAUCGCGAUGAAGAAAACAAGGAAGCUUAUGAGGAUGGUUGGUUCAAGACUGGUGACGUUGGACAAUGGGAACCGAAUGGUCUCUUGGCCUUGAUUGAUCGCAAGAAGAAUCUCGUCAAGACACUUAAUGGCGAAUACAUUGCGCUUGAGAAGCUUGAAAGUUCUUACCGGACAUGUGCAUUGGCUGCGAAUGUCUGUGUCGUUGCCAAUGAUAACCAUGCAAAGCCUAUUGCCGUUAUCUUUGUGAAUGAAGUUGCGCUCAAGAAGUUUUGCGAUGGCAAGGGACUCACUGGCAACCAUCAGGAUGCCGAUGAUAUGGUCAAGGAUAAGAAGAUUCGCGACGCCGUGUACCAAGAAGUCGUCACUGCUGGUAAAGCAGGUGGUCUCAGUGGCAUUGAGCUCGUUGGUAAUGUUGUGCUCACAGACAUCGAACCGACACCACAAUCGAAGCUCGUGACGUCUGCUCAGAAGCUACAGCGCAAGCCUAUCCAGGAGAAGUUCAAGAAGGAGAUUGAGGCUGCUUUCAAUGAAAUUGAUUGAGAGUGUGAAGCAACAUCAACACAUGGGACUCUAUGGUUCGGGGAUGGGGAAUAAGGACUCUUCUUUUUUUCAAGUGCAAAACGUGUUUGUCUGGCUUUCUUCAAUCGUAGGGUCGUCGUAGUAAGUAAUGUGCUCACUG